AUGUACUGUCUGUUACUGUGUAUUUCCGUUAUUCUUCUUACAUCAGACGUGCUCGCAAACGGAAAUUUCAGAAAUGGAAAGAGACAAUCAGCUAUACGAGGGAAAGUGAUUCUUACCAGAUCUAGAUAUGGGAAAAACGAAUCCUCGACAGUGGCGACGGAUUUACCCACUAAGAAUGGCAAGUCGACAGUUCUCCUCGAUAGCUUGUUAAUGUUACAAAUGUUGUUAAAUGCUGACACCGCUGAAGCAGUAAACAAACCAAAGCCUCUUGUCUACCCGUAUUCUGGGGAACUCAUUCGUCUUCGAGGAAAUGGUGGAUUUUUAAAUGCUGGUCUUGUUGAGGUGUACAGGGCAGGACGAUGGGGCUACGUGUGUGACGACAGAUGGGAUCUCAAGGAUGCCACAGUGGCUUGCAGACAGCUGGGUUUCACAAUGGGAGCCAGCUCAGCAGUAAGCAUAAAUGAAACAUUGUCCGAGCUCCAGAGAUCCACUGCCAGUAUGGUGAUGGACGAUGUCCAGUGCUUGGGCACAGAGUCCAGCCUCCAUGAGUGUUCCUACAGUGCUCUAAACGACUGUACACUGGAUGAGGUUGCUGGUGUUAUGUGCUAUGCUAAUGAGGGCUGCCCAAAUGAUUGGAUAUCAGGAUUCGGAAAGUGCUACAAGUUCUAUACUAAAGCCAAGACAAUUCAGCUGGCCGCAAGCAUUUGUGCUAGAGACAACGCCAGUCUUGUUGCCAUUGAUUCCAUCCAGGAAAACCACUUCCUAUCCAACAUUAUCAAAAACUCUUUGAAUAAUAUUCAUCAGUGGCACACUGGAGGAAAGAAGACAAAAAAUAAAUGGCAGUGGAACAAAUUUGUUUCUGUUUCUGACAAAAAUUCCAAAAGGCCCAAAAAGAAAAGCAAAAGCAAAAACAAACGGGCGUCUUUCAAGACGGUUAAAUCGGCUGUUGAGUUUGACAGAUGGUUUCCAGGUUGGCCCUCUUUUAACAGCAAACACGCAGAACCGGCAAGUCAGAAAGGCUACGACUGUCUAACACUCUCUGAUGAGUACGAAGACCCUGCCUCAGAAUCCCCAGUGCAAAUAGACUACUUCUAUUGGAAAGCAGACAAAUGUAAGAGUGAUGAAGGCAUUAAUUUUAUCUGCCAGAUCAAUGCGGAUAAACAAGAAAAGGUCAACAAUCAAGAUUGCUACAGUGACAACGGGUCUUCUUACAGAGGCAACGUUGAAGUUACAGAGUCAGGUUCUCACUGCCUUAAAUGGUCUUCAUCCACCGAGGUCAAUGAAAAAACGCAUCCGGGAAAAGGUUUAAGGGAUCACAGCUUCUGUCGCAAUCCUGAUGGUGACACCAAGCCCUGGUGUUGGGUUAGCCAUGUUGGUCGCAAGUUUGGAUUUUGUAGACUGCCCAAAUGUUCUGAGGCGGAUGCUUCAGUAGAGACUACAACUGCCAUGUCAGCGCUUUCACCGUUAAAUUGUCCAGCCAAAGAAUUUUACUGUUCCAGUCAAAAAAUAUGUAUUCCAGGAGACUUCCACUGUGAUAAUGAGCAGGACUGCAUGGAUGGCGAAGACGAAGUCAGCUGUGUCUAUGCUUUGAAUGACUUCAACAAAAUACCAAACUCUUCACUAAGUGUGUAUUACAACAGGGGCCUAUAUGCGUCUGAAUCGUACAAAGAUGUCUCAGAUGAAAUGUGUGCCAAAAAGUGCGUUAACAGCAAAAAAUUCAUAUGCAGAUCAUUUGUAUAUGAUGCUAUGCGAAGAACAUGUGAUUUGUCAAAACUGAAUUCUUCUACUGUAUUCAGCCGAAUUGUGCCAUCAGUCGUGUAUGACUAUUAUGAGCUGAAGAAAGAAACAGGCUGUGGUGGAAAGUUUCAAUGUGACAGUGGGAAAUGUGUUGAAAAAAGUUCUCUCUGCAACGGAAAAUAUGACUGCAAAGAUAAAACAGACGAACAAAACUGUG